AUGGCACCUCACUCCAUCUCUCUGUGUUUCUCAGCACCUCACCUCUGCUUCACUCAUCUCCCACCACCUCUUCCUCUCUUCUCCUCCUCCGUCAUCUCUCUUCCGGUCUUCCGUCACUUCAGGAGUUUCAGGCCUAUUAGAAUGGCUUCUUCGUCUCCCUCCAUCGAUUCUGUUCCUUCUCCGCCGGAUAAUGCUAUCGUCCUUGGUUGUGGUGGCAUCGCUGUGGAUUUCUUAGCGACGGUUGAUUCUUAUCCUCAACCUGACGAUAAGAUCCGAAGCACUAGCCUGAAGGUGCAAGGAGGGGGAAAUGCUGCAAACGCAUUAACCUGUGCAGCUCGUUUGGGUUUGAAUUCGAGACUGAUUAGUAAGGUAGCGAAUGACUCUCAAGGAAAAGGUAUGCUGGAAGAGCUGGAAGCUGAUGGUGUGGAUACUUCUUUUCUUGUGGUCUCUAAAGAGGGCAAUUCACCAUUUACCUAUAUCAUAGUUGACAAACAAACGAAAACCCGCACUUGUAUUCACACGCCAGGAGACCCACCCAUGUUACCAACUGACCUUUCUCAGUCUAGUAUGUUAUCAGCCCUAGACAGAGCAAGCAUUGUAUACUUUGAUGUAAGAUUACAUGAAACGGCCUUGGUGAUUGCAAAAGAGGCAGGUCGCAAGAAGAUACCUAUUCUAGUUGAUGCAGAGAAGAAAAGAGAUGGAUUAGAUGAACUCUUGCAAUUCGCAGAUUAUCUUGUCUGCUCAGCAAAGUUUCCUCAGGUAUGGACAGAGGCGUCUUCAACUCCUGGUGCACUCAUUUCAAUGUUGUUGAGAUUGCCAAAACUGAAAUUUGUGAUCGUGACCUUAGGUGAAGAAGGAUGCUUAAUGCUUGAAAGAGCUUCAAAAGCAGAAAUAUUACAAUCUCAAGAGACAGAUAUCGAGAGCUUGUUGGAGACACUAAAGCAUAGAAAAGACUCAACCGCAACAUAUCCAACAUGCGUUUCAUCGGAGACAACAGAGUUGAAGGCCGACGGGAUAGGAACAAUGAGUGGAAGAUUGUUUCUCGGAACAGCAGAGAAAAUUCCUCCAGAAGAGCUUCUUGACACCACCGGUGCUGGUGAUGCAUUCAUAGGAGCGGUUCUAUAUGCCAUAUGCGCCGGCAUGCCCCCAGAGAAAAUGUUACCAUUCGCUGCUCAAGUGGCGGGUUGCAGCUGCCGAGCUUUGGGAGCUCGCACCGGUCUUCCUCGCCGUACAGACACUAGACUUGUACCUUAUCUGGUUUGACACUCUGUGUUCCUUUGUCAACUUCUGAGUUCGGAGUCAAUUUACUCCAUUGCACACUUUCAAUAUUCUAAAUGUUCCAAGUAUUGGAUGAAAUAAAAGACUUGGUGUCAAAUAAUAUUCUGGUUAGGUUUGACUUUUUUUCU